AACGACAAGCGGCGCGAGGUGGCUUGUGGUCUGAACAAGAUGGCUUCCGAAACUUCGCUCGAGGAGCCACAAGACGUGAAUAUGGAAGAAAGCACGCCGUCUAAAGAUCAAGGAGUACAGAAAAUGUUUACUCUCAAAAAAUGGAAUGCCGUGGCCAUGUGGUCAUGGGAUGUAGAAUGCGAUACGUGUGCUAUUUGUCGCGUGCAAGUGAUGGAUGCUUGCCUUCGAUGCCAGUCUGACAACAAACAAGAGGAAUGCGUUGUUGUGUGGGGAGAGUGCAAUCACUCAUUCCAUAACUGCUGUAUGUCACUCUGGGUAGUGCAAAAUAACAGAUGUCCACUGUGUCAACAAGAGUGGGUGGUCCAAAGAAUUGGCAGAUAACAUACAGCAGUGUAAACAUCAGGAAUAUUAUUUCAAGACACUUGCUCUAUCUCUGUUUAUCUGAAUUCUGCAUUGGAAGAACACUAUUCUACCUUUUGACAAAAGCAUGUAUUCCUCAUUCAUUAGAAUUGUAACAAUGUCUGUAUUCCUUAGGUUCUAAUUAGACAACAAAUCACUGAAAAGAUAAUACUUUAAUUUCUACUUUGUAUAUGGCGAUUGCAGUACAGUGGAAUCUCAAUUUCUCGAACCUCCCAAUAUCUUGAACCAAACUGUGUUUCCCUUGGAUUUGCUUCACUUGUAAUUUCACUCCCGAUUUCUCAAACCAAUUUGCGUUUCCCCUGGAGGUUUGAGAAAUCGGGAUUCUACUGUAUGUUGAGGCAACCUUUGCAGAGACUUAUCAUUUAUGCGUGAGAAAGUUGCUCAUAGAAGGAAAAUUUCCAGUCUAAGAUCAUUGCACAUCAGCUGUGCUCAAUAACCCACUUGAAUUUCCACUUCAAUAAAGCAACUAGUGCCAAGGCUUUGAAUAGCCACCAGUGAUUGCUCAAUUAAUGAAGGUCUGAAAACAUAUAGUGCUCGUGAAGGAACUCAGCAGAUACUUGUUUGUUUCAGAAUUCAUUUCUUGGGGAGAUAAACCCAAAUGUACAACAUCUCUGUUCCUCUUCCCCAAUGAGUGAAUGUAAAUUGUAGAUAAAUCUUAAAAGAACUCUGAGUGAUUUGCAUUUUUCUAAAUAAAACGAACUCUUUUGGGAAA